GCUUGUUAGCUUCAGCUGCAGAUACAAGAAAGGUAACAGCACAACACAUACCCAAGAGAGGGGAAGAACUGAAGCUCUGUUUAGAUCAGUGACUUGUGUAGUCUCUGUCAACCUCACGUUGGUACUUGAUAGAGAGAUGGAGCGUGCCGUUGUUACGGUCGGUGGGGGUGCCAUCAACAUACUGCUAUGUAAACUGGGCACAAUGCUCAUCCAAGAAGCACAGCUCCUUGGGGGCUUCCGAGGUAAGUUGCAAUACAUGAAGGAUGAGCUGGAAAGCAUGACAGCCUUUCUCCAGGAUGUUGCUGAGAGGGAAAAUAGUAGCAGGCAGGUCAAGAUUUGGACGAAACAGGUCCGCGAGGUUGCGUACGAUGUCGAGGAUUGUGUCGAUGAGUUUACAUAUCACAUUGGCAGCAACACUAGUGGUUCUGGUCUUACUGAGCUCUUUCAUAGAUGCAUCCGUUUCCUGCGGACUGCCAAGGCCCGGCGUCAGAUUGCCAAACAAAUCCAAGAACUGAAAAUGCGUGCCACGAGUAUCAGUGAGAGAAACUCAAGGUACAGUGGUAAUCAUCUCAUCUCCAGGGCAGAAGGGACAUUUGCUGCGCAACCAGCACGAGCUGAUAUUGUUUCUCUCGAUGUCCGUACUCCCGCGUUCCUCCCAGAUAUAACUCAGCUUGUGGGCACUGAAGCACGCCAAAGUGAUCUCGUUAAGUGGUUGGUGGAUGAAAGUGUAAAACAAUUACAGGUUAUGUCUAUAUCUGGCUUUGGCGGUUUGGGCAAGACAACUCUUGCUAUGACAACAUAUCAAACAGCAGGUUCAAGCUUCCAGUGUCAAGCUUUUGUAACUGUAUCCCAGAAAUUUGAUGUCAAGGCUCUCGUACGGGACAUUCUUCGGCAAAUUAUUCAACCAGUAGAUCGAAAUGGCCCGAUAUCCACAGAGGACCCACUCAAAGGCAUGGAAGAAUGGGAUGCGGGACAACUUGUAAACAUACUAAGUCAGCAUCUGGAAGAGAAGAGGUAUCUUGUUGUUCUUGAUGAUAUAUGGACCAUCUCAGCUUGGGAAGAUAUUCGACUUUUUCUGCCUAACUCGCAUACUGGGAGCAGAAUAGUUGUUACCACAAGAAGUAAAACUGUAGCACAAGCAUGCUGCCUUGAUGAGCAUGACAGAGCUUAUGAAAUUGAACCACUCAUAGGAAGUGAAUCUAGUGAGUUAUUUUUCAGGAGAUUAUUCGGUAAUCAGGAUAAUUGCCCAAUUGCCUUGAGAGAGAUUUCACAGAAGAUCUUGGGAAAAUGUGGUGGUAUACCAUUGGCCAUUGUCAGCAUUGCAGGUCUUUUGGCUAGCACAUCCGUGUACAGUUAUGAUCACUGGGAGAAGGUUUAUAAUGCUCUUGGUUUUGAGCUUGAAACAAGCCCAUGGCUUGAAAAACUGAAGAAAAUUCUUGAGCUUAGCUACAAUGCGCUUCCUUACCAUUUGAAAACAUGUUUCUUAUAUUUAUGCACUUACCCGGAGGAUCAUAAGAUCAGAAGGAAAAGUGUAUUGAGGCGAUGGAUAGCAGAACGCUUUGUGACUGCAAAGCGUGGAUUAACUGCCUUAGAGGUGGCUGAGAAUUAUUUCGAUGAAUUACUCAAUAGGGGCAUUGUUCACCCAGUUGACAUGAGCUUUGAUGGGAAGGUUAAGACUUUCCGGGUUCAUGAUUUAAUGCUAGAGAUCAUUCUUACAAAAUCAAUUGAAGAUAAUUUCAUCACUUUGAUAGGUGAACAACAUACUUUGGCUCCACAAGAGAAGAUCCGGAGGCUAUCUAUUCAUGGUGGAAAUAACAAAUAUAUUGCCACAAGGAAAAUGGUAAGCCAUAUCCGAUCCUUCAGCAUAUUUGCCAAUGGAGAAAUAUUACAGUUUGCUUGGAUGAAGUUGCUGAGGAUAUUGGACCUAGAAAAUUGUGAAAUUGCCAGGAAUGGGAAUGUGGAAAGUAUAUGUACACUGUUUCAGUUGGAAUACGUCAGUCUCAGAAAUACAUUUGCCACCCAACUCCCCAUGCAAAUAGGAAACUUGAAGAAAUUGGUGACACUGGAUGUAAGGGAUACGGGCAUCAAGCAUUUGCCUCCUCAGAUUAUUCAUCUGCCAAAUUUGUCAAGCCUGCUUGGAGGGAGAAGAGCCUACAACUACAGUGGUUUGUAUCCAAUUUCCGACUUUUGGGGAGUGCACAUCCCUGACAAGCUUGGCAAUCUAGAAAUGCUUACAACCCUUGCACAAAUAGAGAUCACAUACUCUACUUCCUGUUACAUAUCUGAACUGGGGAAGCUUUCAGAGUUGAGGAAGCUAGGAGUAAUGAUGUUUGUCGAUGAUGACUUGAGUUGGACGUCCUUGAUCUCUGCCAUUGCAAAGCUGAGCAGCUGCCUUCGGUCACUGCUCAUUUGGCGACCUGACGGAGCAAUGAAUUUCAAGAUUCUUGAUACACUGUCCAGGCCACCAAUGUUUCUAAAAAGCUUAAACCUCCGAGGCAAGUUGGGAAAGCUGCCAGAAUGGAUUGGUUCGCUCGCGAACCUCACUGAGUUGACACUUCGUGCCACCGAACUGGAAUCUGAGGAGCACCUGAGAGUUCUCGCGCGGUUGCCAAGCCUACUGUACCUCAGGUUGCAUCACGGUGCGUACACCGGAACAGAAUUCACGGUGUUUGCGUCAGAAUUCCCAGGUCUCAAACUGCUUGCCAUCCACCUGGGCGAAUUCCAGGCAUUGAACCUGAGGUUUGAAGAAGGCGCUGCAACUAAGCUCCAGAGGCUCGAGCUCUCUUUCCUUUUACAGGCUUCCAUCCAGUGGCGUUCGGGUAUCGAUUUUCUUCCGAGUCUCCAGGAGGUCUUGGUCCAUGCUGAGCCGGACAAUACCUCGGAAGGCAUGGUGCGCUUUUUGGCUGAUGAAGCUAGCAGGAACCCUAACCAACCCACUGUCACCUUCAAGGCAAAGCAAUGGAAGCCAACUAGGUUGAGGACGGAUCACAGGGGAAACCUCUGAUUUUAUAAUAAGGACAGUACCGCACAUGCGUAAGCUCCGUCCUGCAAAAGUUUUUGAGUAUACUGUUGUAAUAAGAUGUAAGCCACGGCCUAGGACGGCUCGGGCACGUGUACGUGCGCGCGCCAGCAGGAGUCAGGCGCGGCUGUUGUGCGUGCGUGAGGUGCGUGCGUAUGUGGCCGCGUGCACGGGGUUGCCUGUGCGGGUGCGCGGCGUGUUCGAGGGAGUAGGCCUAGUGUGUUAGCGAGAUCAGCGGGGUCGCCGGCUUGGUGACGGUAAGAUCAUACUCGGUAACGGUGUGUUUCACCCCAGUGGGGGAAGCGACGGCCUGGUCGCUGACUACGGUCUACGGCCUCAUG